AUGGACGUUAAAAGUAGCUUAAAAUACCAUCUCAAUCUAACAACGAAAGGAUAUCGAGCUCUGAUUUAUAGUGGCGACCAUGACACGACAAUUCCAUAUGUGGGCACCCAAGCAUGGAUAAGAUCUUUAAAUUUCUCCGUCGUUGAUGAUUGGCGGUCUUGGUCCGUUGAUGGCCAAAUUGUAGGAUAUACGAGGACAUAUUCGAACAACUUGACAUUUGCGACUGUUAAGGGAGGGGGCCAUACAGCUGCAGAGUACAAGCCUCAGGAAUGCCUUGCUAUGGUCCAACGAUGGAUUUCCCACAAUCCUCUAUAA